AUGCGUCUUUCCACCUCUCUCGCCGCAACAGCGGUGUUAGGGGCCCUCUCCACCUCCGCCGCCCCAGCCGGCUGCUCAGCAGACAACGUCCUCCGUCACCUCCGCGCCCCUCAGAGGAUUUCCUCUGCUUUGUCUUGGUGUAGCACCUAUACUGCCACACCGGCGACUGCUUCCCAAGCGUAUCCGACUUGGUUGAAUGCCGAAUACACGACUUUAACAUCUCGACUUUCUAGUGCUUGUAGUUGUAUCAAUACCGCUGCUGCGACUACCACUAGCGCUCCGUCUAUCACUUUUGGGAGUUAUAUACCACCUCAACCGACGUCCACUGAGGACAUUAGAACAGCUAGGGCGAAUCCUUUGCCUACCGUUGUCGGUGGACCUAUUCCUUUACAAACUGCUGCUGUGGAGGAUAGUAUCCCCCCCGUGCCCACGAAGAAUGUUUUCUUUGGUGGAUUGGCAGAGGAUAAUUCUACUGCUUUUUUGGCGCAGGUGAUUUACAAGGCACUUGAUGGAUCUCCGAUUGUUAAUUUGGAUGAUUUGUUGAAUGGAUUGGAUGGAUUUCCUGUUUGUGAAGAGGAGGGAAUAAAGAUUAAGUUUGUGAAGAAAGAGUAUAGGGAUUUGGCGGUUCAAACUUGGAUGGGGAAGACGAUUACGCUUGUCACCGCUGGGGGGAAUUAUUGUGGUGUUGAAGGGGAACAUAACUUUUGGAAGAUUGGGGGGUUGGAUCUAUCUGGGGAUUAUGAAGUUUUGAUGGUUGGGACUAAGGUUGAAUUGAGGGAUGCUAUUGAAGCCCUCGAUGCGGAGUUUGGGACUUUUGAUAUUAAUGAUACUGAUGAGGAAAAUAGCACUUUUAGGAGGAAGCUUAAGGCCCGUGGGUUUGAUGGGCUGAUUAAUAUUGUUAAGGGAUAUGCCAAUGAUAUCAAGGAUGCCGUUGAUUCUGCUGGACGGCCGACGAAGAGGUUUACGACUCCCCGAUAUAAUUACAAUCUCAUUGGGUCCAAUCUCUUCCAGAUCAAUGAGAACGGAAGGGGUGCUUCCAUUAGUUGUAACUAUUGUGGUGUUACCGGUGGAGUUCAACUGUUCGGAUCUGUUUCUGCUGAUAUUAAGAACUGGCAGACGGUUGGAUUGGUGGUUGGAUUCGAUUUGGUGGAUCCUACUUUUAACUUGAAUAUGGGAGUUGGAUGGAGCUUCGAAUGGCAGGGAAGUCAAGAGACGGCUUUGUUCUCGGUUGUUCCUUGGGCGGUUGAGAUUCCGAAGAUUUUGACCAUUGAGCCUGCGGCGAAGAUUAUUGCGGCGGUGGAUUUGGAUAUUAAAUCUGCUUUCCAAAUCCGGGAUAUUGGAUUUUCCGGGAAGUGGAAGACGUUCUCGGUUGGGUAUAAUUUACUUACCAAGUUGCCGAUUCUUACUGGGGAUGUUGUCCCCGAGAUAUCGUUUUUGGAACCAAGGUUUGUGAAUGGGGUUAGUCCUUGGGGGGUACAGGAUGCUAAAGCUACGAUUUGGGUUGGUCCAAGAGUUGGAAUGAAUGUGGAUGUAUUGAAUGGAUUGGCGAGUGGGAGCGCGGAUGUUACAGUGCAGUUUCCAGCUGUUAAUAUUGAAGCCAGGUUGGAUGGGCUGAAUAAAUGUCCUGGAGCUAGUGGAUUGGAUAUGUGCGUGGGACUUCAUGCUGAUGCGCUGAUGAGGGGUACUGCGAGUGCCAGCGCAGGAUUGGUGGGGGUUGGAGAUGCUGGGGUUGAGCAUGAGAUCUUUAGGUAUGAUAUCGGGACAUUUUUGGAGAAGAACUUUUGGAUCGAUAUCUAG